UGUCUCUCUACGAAUUGCAGUCGUUUGUGUCGCAUCAGUGUGGACGUUCGGUUGAGACCCGACCGAAGACAUGCAUUCCUGCCACAUCCGAGCGAUGUGACGCAUGACAACAACCUGUCCCUGACUCGCAUUCCUCGAAUGGGAGGUUAGUCCAAUGCGAAUCUCGCGAGGAUGGCCUUAAUAUCUUUCUUUCGCUUGCGUGCGAUGUGCAUCGGACGGCGUCCUUCUUGUUUGUGUGUCUCUGGGUGAUAGGGCAAUUCAUUCAGUAGCCUCAUGGAUCCCCUCCAUCGCCCUGACAGUGACGUUACUACCAUGCGGCUCUUCUAGAUGCGAGAUUGGGAACUACGAGGUCGUCCGGCCUGGGAAUUUUAAAUUCAGGCCCACCCAGGGUAGAACAAGGACGAGAACAUCAACGGUUGACUUGACGAGGGACAUUCCUGGCAACAUGACGAGCGUCGUUCAUAUCAUGUGCGGCGGGCCCGAUGAUACUGAAUAUCGUCUGAACGCGGUCGUCAUACCAAAUUUACCCUGCGACAUCCUCACCCCCCUCGGCCGACAGGAACUACCGUUUCCCGCCAUUCAGCGGGGUCAGGCUCCACGGGUGGUCGAGCAUGCGCAAGGGUCCUUUGUCGUGCGCGACUCAGUUCGCCUGCAUAUCUGGCUCGACGGCACGGGCACUAGUGAUACGCGGGAUUUCUAUAUCCCGAUCCAUGAGGCCGGAGUGAUACCUGCCCUCCCUCAACAGCAGCAGGACUGUCCGAUCCAUAUGAUUAUCGGUCGUGAUUGCGUUCUUGACUGGGAUGCAUAUGACGGCCAGAACGCGCCGAUUCUUUCCAUUGGCCUGGCGCGGAAAACUCCCGCUGAGAAGUAAGAUCAGCGAAGGCAGGUGCAAGAGAACGAUAGAAUAGCGGCGGAAGAGGAAGCGCAUAGAUUGGCGAAGGAGAGGGAGGAACGACGGAAACGCGCUGCUGCCCAGGGCAAUCCACAACGGCCGUCGUAGAGUGUUUCUUACUACGUUUUCUAUGGUCUCUCUUACCAGUAUUUGGUGAAUGAUCUAUCUGUCUUUUCUAUAGCCAAUCCGGGAUACAACCUCCGUCCUAUGUAAUUACAUGUUACAGCUAAAUU